AUGGUGCUGCUGAAAAUGAAGUUCACCCAGCAGAGGCGGGUUCGUCUGGCGCAGGGCCUGUGGCUCUUGUCCUGGAUGGCGGUGUUGUGCGGGUCCUUCGUAUUUUCAAUGGGUGUCUAUCUUAAGAUAGAGCUUCUCCGUCGGGCCGAGGUGAUGGAUAACACAGAGAUCCACGUGGUGCCCAACAUCCUGAUGUUGGUGGGGCUGACCUCCAUCGGCACCAACUGGGUGGCCGGUCGAGUGUGCCAGGACUCUUUGGACCCGAGUCGCUUCCCACGCUGGAAGGUUUUCUUGCUGGGCUGGUACACUGUUGCGGCACUCCUCUGUUGUCUGCUCAUCGCUGUGGUGGUACUCAGCUACGCACUGCAGGGGCGCCUGGAGGAGUCCCUGAAGGUCGGUUUGAGGAAUGGCAUCCGUUUCUACAAAGACACCGAUGUUCCAGGCCGCUGUUUCCAGAAAGAAACCAUUGAUCGUCUGCAGAUGGAGUUCCGUUGCUGUGGAAACACUAACUUCAGGGAUUGGUUUGAGGUGCAGUGGGUCAGCAACAGAUACUUGGACUACACCUCCAAAGAUAUCAAGGACCGCAUCCGGAGCAACAUAGAUGGCCGCUACUUGUUGGAUGGCGUGCCAUUCAGCUGCUGCAACCCCGCGUCCCCUAGGCCCUGCCUGCAGUACCACCUGACUGACAACAGCGCUCACUACAACUAUGAGUUCCAGAAUGAGGAACUCAACCUGUACAACCGUGGCUGCAGGGAGGCUCUGAUCAACUACUACAUGGACCUGAUGAAUUCAACUGGGCCUGGUGUGCUAUCAGUCAUCAUGAUACAGAUGUCAGUCUUGUUGAGCCUGCGCUACCUGCAGACUUCAGUGGAAGGGGCCAUGGCGCAGGAGCAGCCGGAUGGUGACAGCGAGGGUUUUCUUCUGGAGAAGGGAGUGAAGGAGACCUUGGAGGAAGCCAAAGUCAAAAUCCUGCUCAUGCUGAAGUUUGGCCAGGUUGAUCCCAGUGCAGCUGAAGGCUCCCCUGAUGCAGAAAAGGCCCCGGAAUCUUCCAGUUAA